AUGGAUUCAUUAGUUAAUGCCGGAGUUACUGGCCUCAAUGCAUCCUCAAAAUCACUUUCAAGGUUUCUUAGGGGCCCUAUUGCUCCAAUGUAUCACAAACAAGGAUUGCUUGACUCAAAGGCAGCAGUACAUCCAAAAUUUGCAGAUCAAGUUCCACAAAAUACUCAGCCUAUUCAAACUGCGACAAUGGAAUAUGUGCCAAAUAUGAAAAUGGCUAUUCCAACACAACAUAUGGAAGUUAUGCAACCAACUACAUUCCAUCCUCAUUACGAAAUAACGGCCAAUGCUAUGAAUAAUUCACCAAAUAACCAAAUUGAUGUGUCUAGUGAAUCUACUAAACUGGGACUGCCUGGAACCAUACCUAAACAUGUAAUGGACGAGCAUUCAAUGUUUGCCAGCACUAGUUAUUCCCCCCUUAGGAUCGAUAGCCAACCCUUAUUUGGGAAAGCCAUAUAUGGAGUGAUUGGAUUAUGUGCCUCAUUUAUAGUGGUUGUUUUGUUUAUGAAUAUAUAUAGAUCUAAAAAGUCCAAAAAAACUACGAAAAAAUAG